AAUCAGAGAAUUAAAUCUGACUGUCUUUAUAGUUUUCUUUAAUAUGUCUUCCCCAAAUAAAUCAAAUUAUUAUAUAAAUAAAGUGGAUCGCAAGUUGAAGUUUGGUUCUUUACGGGCAACGAUGGCUGUUAAAUAACAGCCAUAGCUUUUCUUCGAACGAACCCAAAAAUAAUAUCAGAGAAUUUUCAUCAUUACACCUUUUUUUUUCUUUUGCCUUUGCCUUCACACGUCUUCUUGUUUUGUAUUCUCCACUUUUAUUUUUGUGUCUUUCUUCUUGUUCUUGUUCUGGUUCGUGUCUCUUCUAUAACUCUCUGUCACUAUUAUAAAUAUCAAACUCUGACAUUUUCCUCUGUUCAAAUUCUCCUCGAAACUCUCCCAAAUAAACACAAUCUUUAUCUGAGAUCUGAGAAGAUGAAAACUAGACGAGGGAAACGUCCUGAGAGAUUUUGGCCAUCGAUUGUGAUGAAUAAAUGGUUGAACAUAAAGCCUAAAGUUUACGACUUUAGCGAAGACGAAAUUGAUACAGAGCCUGAGAGCGAAGACGAUGUAUGUUCGGUCAAAGACGUCCCUAAUGUUCACUGUGUAACUGAUGAAGACAGCCAUAAUGGUCGUCGAGGAAGCGAAGCUGAUCACGGCAAUAUUAUUUCAGAUGGUGGUGUGAGUGUGAGGGGUGGUUACCAGAGGAAACACCGGCGAGGUAAAUCGGAGACUUUGAGAGCUCAAUACAUUAACACAAAGGAUAUCAAAGUGACGGUGGCUACAUGGAACGUCGCCGGAAAACGUCCCUCCGAUGAUCUCGAGAUUGAAGAUUGGCUAUCUACUGAUAAUCCUUCAGAUAUUUACAUCAUCGGGUUUCAAGAAGUUGUUCCAUUAAACGCCGGAAACGUUUUUGGAGCAGAAGAUAGAGGUCCGAUUCCGAAAUGGGAAUCGAUAAUCCGUAGAACACUGAACAAAUCCAAUAAAGAAUCAGUCGAUGAUCAAUCACCAAGCUGCAAUAACAACCUUCUUCAUAGAUCUCACAGCGCGCCUUCGUCUCCUAAUUUAGCACAAGAAGCAAACUCUAUUAUCUCUGAUGUCAUGGUCGAGAAUCUAGUUGCGGACCACUCGCUGGACUUAGCUACAAACGAGUUCAUCGAUGCUGCAACCGCUUUACCGAGCCUUGAACCAGAGCGGAAUCCGAACAUGGACUGGCCGGAACUAGCUUUAGAUAGCAACCCUCAGAUAGUUGGAUCAGAGGGGAAGCUAAGGAGGGUAUUUAGCAGCAACGCGACGCUAGGAUUCAAGCUACCGGAGAAUCCAUCAGGAGCUAGUAGAUUUGCUUCGGAAGCAAGACACUUGAAACGGUCACGGAGCUUUGAAACUUUAAACUUGAGUUGGAAUGAUAUUAAAGAAGAUAUUGAUAAUAGUUCAUCCUCCUCGUCCGAAGCGGAAGAAGCUGCAAAAAUCAUGCAUGAUGAUUCAUCAGACGGAGAUUCUUCUUCCGAGGACGUGGAGGAUGGCGACAAGAUUGGAAAUAGUUAUGGAUUACCGGAAGAUUUGGUGGAGGAGUGUCGGAAAGUGAAAGAUAGUCAAAAGUAUGUAAGGAUAGUAAGUAAACAGAUGGUUGGGAUCUAUGUAUCGGUUUGGAUCCGACGACGGUUAAGAAGACACGUCAACAACUUGAAAGUCUCACCGGUCGGAGUUGGCUUGAUGGGUUACAUGGGAAACAAGGGAUCAGUGUCGAUUAGUAUGACACUAUAUCAAUCACGUAUGUGUUUUGUGUGUUCACACUUAACUUCCGGCCACAAAGACGGUGCUGAGCAACGCCGUAACGCUGACGUGUACGAAAUCAUACGUCGGACUCGUUUCGCCUCGGUUCUUGACACUGAUCAACCAAGAACGAUUCCAUGUCACGAUCAAGUAUUUUGGUUCGGAGAUUUGAACUACCGACUUAAUAUGGCAGACAGUGAAGUAAGAAAGCUUGUCGCACAAAAACGAUGGGAUGAGCUCAAGAACAGUGAUCAGUUGAUUAGAGAACUAAGAAGAGGGCAUGUUUUCGAUGGAUGGAGAGAAGGACCGAUUAAAUUCCCUCCGACCUAUAAAUACGAAUUCGAUUCAGAUCGUUACGCCGGAGAAAACUUGAGAGAAGGAGAGAAGAAGAGAGCUCCUGCUUGGUGUGAUAGAAUAUUAUGGUUGGGAAAAGGAAUAAGACAAGAGUGUUAUAAGAGGUCGGAGAUAAAAAUGUCCGAUCACCGGCCGGUGACUUCGAUAUUUAACGUUGGAGUUGAAGUUUUCGAUCACCGGAAACUUCAAAGAGCUCUUCACGUUAAUAACGCCGCUGCUUCUGCUGUUCAUCCUGAACCUUCUUUUUGAGCCUAUAGUGUUUUUUUUUUAUACAUGGGAUUUGUUUGGGGUUUUGAUUUUUUUUUUCUUUUUAUGUAAAAUCUAACCAAAGUUUUUUACCUGUCUAUGUAUACGAGCCUUUUUAUUUAUUUUUAUUUGAUUUCAUUUUA